AUGAGUGAUGGCCAGGAUAUCCCGGGAGAUUUUAAUGAUGGGAAUCACGAACCCCAAACCUCUGACGAUGGACUCCAAUCGUCGAGUCUGACGCCAGCACUGCCACCACGCACCCAAUGGAAGCCGUCGUCGCGGACCGUGGAAGAAACACUUGCUCAAGGAUUAUCAAAUGAGGACUUAUGGAUGCUGCUUCGGCGAUUCGACAAGCAAAUUUACCACGUCAAAGCCGUACACGAUGUCGCAGCACUGAACUUGGACCUCAACCGCACGGAAAACGAACAAUUUCCACCGGAAAAACUGCGGAUGACAUUGGAGCGAUUCUAUACGUCUGUUAUUGUGGGUGUGACUGAAUUUAUCCGACACAUCACUCGUCUGCGAUCAUGGAAGGAACCUCUGCGAACGUCGCUUUUCUGUGGGGGUUAUACUAUCGCGUGGGCUGUCGACCUCCUCAUCCCAGCCAUACUGGGUCUUAUCGUCGCUUUGAUCAUGGUCCCGCCCGUUCGCCUAAUUUUAUUCCCAGGCCAUGCAAAGAAGGAAGAAGGCGGUAAAUCGAAUGGGAGCGGCUCUCCCACCGGCCAACCAAAUUCUCAGGACAGUCUGACCGGGGUUCCAGAGAAUCACAAGGGUGAAGCUGCUGAACAAGAGGCAAGAAACCUUGUCGACAGCUUUGCCACUGUUGCCAUGGAGAGCGCCGCGGCGAAGUACGGCCAAACUGUUACGGAAGAGGAGCCAGACAGACCCUUAAUCACUGAUGGAAUAGAGGCCGCAGAAGCUGCCGCCGAAUCACCGAAUGGUGAUGCCCCUGAAGACAAAACUAAGAAACCUAUGAAGAAGAAGGUUUCGCACGCGACUGAUCAGGCAAUGCGAGUGUUGAGUGAUAUCACCGAUGUGUAUGAGAAGUUUGCCAACCUCCUUUCCCCAACACCUCCGUUCUUUUUGGUCUCGUCUAGACUACGCCUUGCAAGUAUCUUCACUUUAAUAUCUGCGGUCGUGCCCUUCACAUCCAGUUAUUGGAUCAUCAAGCUCGUUGGCUUUACUGUUGGACUGGGCUUCUUUGGUGACCCGGUAUUUACCUAUACUAUGGAUCUCUUGAACAGAAAGGUUCCAAACUGGAAAGACCAUUUAGAUUUGCAAAAAACACUUUUGGUCGGAGUCCCAACAAAUGCACAACUCACCUUGACACUUCUUCGCAUUGGCGAGAUUAACUCAACCCCACUACCACCCCCUCCCACCCCAGAAGACAAUGAUCGUGCGUGGCCUAUCCGACGGAAGAAGUCGCAACCAACCUCGACAGAGCUCACCGCACAGGGCUCAUCAACUAGCCUUCAUUCGACGAAUUCCGACAUGUCACUUCCGGAGACCAAACCGAAGAAAAAGACGUUCUUUCGAAUUCUCAAGUUUUUCCGCCGCACUAUUGCAACAGCGAUCAAGGGCCAUAUCGCAUUUGACCGGGCCAUGGCAAUUGCAGGGUCCGCCCAUACCAAGAACCUGAUUGAUAUGCUGCAAAAGCGACACUUUGCCGCCACACCUUACGGGCCAUUGAAGUUUGACGCCAAGUACGAGCGUAAGAGAGGUGCUGCAGUCAUAGAUUCAUCAAAGGAACCGCCCAUCCUAUAUUUCACGACGUACCAGUCUUCUGGAUUGGACGAUCUCCGCAUUGAGAGCCGAAAGAAGGGAUCUGUCUUGUUCCAAAUUCCCGUCACUGAAAUCAAGGAACUCAAGAAGACGGAAGGACUUGGGUGGAAGGGCAAGUUGAUCGUUGAGUUGACGGCUGGAAGCAAGGAGGCCGCAGAUGGGCUAGUCAUUGGCGGCGAUGAGCUUGGUCAGUCUUACCAUCUUACUGGUAUGAGGUCGCGGAACCAGCUAUUUAACCGGCUUGUUGCUAUCGAUGCCCAAUUUUGGGAAAGUCGUUAA